CGAGCCAGGGUUUUACGGCCUCCACCAGUCUCUCCACCCAGCGAAACCCCCAAAUCCCCCUCCCUCCCGCACCGCCAAUGGCGACGCCGCCGGCGCCAUCGCCGUCGCCGGUCAGGCUCCGGCUCGUGUUCGACAAGACCCGCCUCCUCCGGCGGGCGCAGAGGGACCUCCGGCGCUGCUGGCUCCUCCUCCGGCCCGAGCUCGCCACCGUCGCCGACCUCUCCGCCCACGUGGCCGCCCGCUUCCGCCUCCACCGCUCCUGCCCCGGCGGCGUCGUCUUGACGAUGGAUGGAUUUGCCUUGCCGCCUUUCGAGUCGACCUGUAUCUUCAGGGACAAGGAUAUCAUAAGGGUUCAACAGAAAGCUUGCAAGAGAAUGGUACACCAUGACGAUGUACACUGUAUUGAAGAUCCCGAGAAAGUAGAAAUGCGGCCGCUUCAGACUGAUGAUAAAAUCCUUGCAAUUGAGUAUCAAAUUGACUCUAGUAAGCACCAAGAAGAAGAUGUGCAUUGUGAUCAUCAGCCUGAAGAAAAUGUAACAUCCAACCACAAUCUAGAAAAUGGGCAUACAAGCUCCAAGAGGAAACGGAAAGAUGAAGAUGCAAAAAUACCUGAGAGCUCAAGGAGAAAGAAACAGAAGAAGGUAAAACACAUCGGGUGCAGCAAGGUAGAUGAUAUUUGCCAAGAUCAGGGUUCUCAUGGUUCCAAAGAGUCGAAGCCGUCCACCAUUGGUAUUGAAGAAAAGAAGGCUGAUAUUCAAACUGAAUGUACUAUUGAGUUGGAUGGAAAGCAAAAACCUGACAGGUGCAAUAAGACCGAGUUGAGUUGCGAAACUGAGGUGGCUGGGCAGACAACUCAAAUUCCUAAAACGAGUCGAAGUGCUCGUCGUAAGAAAAUCAAAAGGCAACUUAGGAAGCAAGAGAAAGAAAAGCUGAAAGAGAAUGUGGACUGCCAGGAAUCAGCCAAUGCUGCUGACUGUCCAUCCUCAAGCAAUCACAAUGAUCUUCCUUGCCCGUCAAGCAAUGAGAAUGGCCCUCACUUGAGCCAUGAAGCAGAGGAGGAAGAAUCUGAUGCAUCAGAAGAUAUUGUUCCAGUUGUGGUUCGUCCUGGUCACAUUCGCUUUGAGCCAGCAGGUGAACCAAAUACGUCAUCAGCGAAGGAAGCACAGGCAAAUUUCACGUGGGGUGGAACCAUGAGCAAAAAGAAGGGACAGAAGUGGGGAAUGAACAACUCAAACAAGAAAAGUGCUGAUACCGGCAAUCUUGGGAAAAUAGUUGGAAGUAAUACUGAAGUUAACCAUCUUGUGGUAGAUAGUAGGGAUGAGGAAAAUGUUUUUUCUGGGGCCAGUAAUCAAAAGGUCAAUGAGAUCAAUCAUGAUCUGUUAGCAAAGGAAAAAUCUGUUGCUGAGGAAGGGAAGUCUACCAGCGAACCUUUGGACUUUGAAGCUCUGUACCCCCUAACACGUCUUCCAGUGGAGGGAGAUCUGAUUGCUUAUCGAUUGGUUACGCUGUCUUCCUCGUGGUGUCCGGAGAUUUCUUCGUAUCGGGUUGGUAAAGUUCUUGUGUAUGAUCUGAUAUCAUCGCGCAUCAUUCUGUUACCUGUUCCGGAGCAUCCAAUCAUCACGGAGGAAAUUACAUGCGAGGACGAGUCAGAUACUAUGAUGGUGGAUACGUCACCCUACAAGGAAGAUGGCUCCUUGGAGAUCGAGUACCCCAACCUUCUCGAUGUAAGACUAGUGAAGGGCAGCGAGCCGGUAUCCGCAGACCUUAGCACUCCCAUUAGAGAAACAGGGAAGGAAGGCAAAUCACCGGUCGGAGAACCAGUCGCCUUGGACGAAAACAAGGGCAAAGUUCAUAGCCAGAAUGGAACCUCGGUGCCAGCCUUGGACAAAAACAAGGGCAAAGUUCAUAGCCAGAAUGGAACCUCGGUGCCAGAUGGCAGUAAAGGCCCAGAAGCGCCACCAUGCCCAGAAGCGCCGCCAGAAAACACGCGUGAUAAGGCCUGGGAGGCAAGCAGCGAGGUCCCAAACGGCAAGCCUGAUGAUGAAGCCGAGGGGAACAAUGGGUGGGGAGCUUGGAAACAGAACGCCAGCACCUCGGCGUGGUCGUAUAGAGCGCAGAGAAGCACCGCCCUUGGUCCGACCCUUGCGCUUCUGAGAGGCAACAAUGGCAGAGGAGGUGGCAGGGGAGGCGGUAGGGGAGGCGGCAGGGGAGGCAAACCCAACAACCGGAAGUACGGCAAGUGAUGAUGUGUUAGCACGGCGCGUUCGGGAGUUGCCGGGUCAUUUUGUAUGCGAUGCCUGGCCGAACGAAGAUGUCUGUUAGCAGUUGUCAAACCAUUUGGUGGUGAAACAAGAUAAUGUAUGUUUAACUGUCGGUUUGGAGUUUAAAAGACCGCGUAAAUGCAAUUGAUCA